UUUCACAAUUAGAGUUGAAUUGCAAGAAAUGGGUACCUCGAAACACUUGAGGCAUUGGCCUCCAUUGAUUUACGUUAUAGCAUUUUGCCUCAUUGCAACUAGGGUAAUUGCUGAUAAGCCUUACAUCUAUGCUUCGCCGCCACCACCAGAAGAAGACUUAUCACCAUUACCACCAAAGCAUGAAGACCGCCCACCACAUAAUCACCAUGACGAGUCAUCACCUCCGCCAUUGAAAUCUUUGACCCCACCCCCAGCCUCGUACUACUACAAGUCUCCCCCACCACCUUCUCCAUCACCUCCUCCUCCAUACAUUUACAAGUCCCCACCUCCUCCCUCAGCAUCUCCCCCACCACCCUACAUUUACAAAUCACCACCCCCACCAUCACCCUCCCCUCCUCCUCCCUACGUCUACAAAUCACCACCACCACCAUCACCUUCACCCCCUCCUCCUUAUAUUUACAAAUCCCCUCCUCCACCAUCUCCAUCACCCCCACCUCCUUAUGUCUAUAAAUCGCCACCUCCACCAUCUCCAUGUCCACCACCUCCAUAUGUCUACAAGUCCCCUCCUCCACCAUCACCAUCACCUCCUCCUCCAUACAUCUAUAAAUCUCCACCACCACCCUCACCAUCACCACCUCCUCCUUACAUUUAUAAAUCACCACCACCACCAUCUUCGUUAUCUCCUCCACCAUAUGUCUACAAGUCCCCACCUCCACCACCACCAUCACCUCCUCCUCCAUACAUCUAUAAAUCUCCACCACCACCCUCAUCAUCACCACCUCCUCCUUACAUUUAUAAAUCACCACCCCCACCGUCUCCCUCACCUCCUCCUCCUUAUGUCUACAAGUCCCCUCCUCCUCCAUCACCAUCACCACCUCCUCCCUACAUCUAUAAAUCUCCACCACCACCCUCACCUUCACCACCUCCUCCUUAUAUUUAUAAAUCACCACCCCCACCAUCACCAGCACCUCCUCCUCCAUAUGUUUAUAAGUCACCACCACCACCAUCUCCAUCACCUCCUCCUCCAUCUCCUUCACCCCCACCUCCUUACGUCUACAAAUCACCACCGCCACCAUCACCUUCACCUCCUCCUCCUUACGUUUACAAAUCCCCUCCUCCACCAUCUCCAUCACCUCCUCCUCCUUAUGUCUAUAAAUCCCCACAUUCACCGUCUCCUUCACCCCCACCUCCUUACGUCUACAAAUCACCACCUCCACCAUCACCUUCACCUCCUCCUCCUUACGUCUACAAAUCCCCUCCCCCACCAUCUCCAUCUCCUCCUCCUCCUCCUCCUUAUAUCUAUAAGUCACCACCUCCUCCGUCUCCUUCACCUCCACCUCCUUAUGUCUACAAAUCACCACCACCACCAUCACCUUCACCUCCUCCUCCUUAUAUUUACAAAUCCCCUCCUCCACCAUCCCUAUCACCUCCUCCUCCUUAUGUCUAUAAAUCUCCACCUCCACCAUCUCCAUCUCCACCUCCUCCUUAUGUCUACAAGUCCCCUCCUCCUCCAUCGCCAUCACCUCCUCCUCCCUACAUUUAUAAAUCUCCACCACCACCCUCACCAUCACCACCUCCUCCUUACAUUUAUAAAUCACCACCACCACCAUCUCCAUUGCCUCCUCCUCCAUAUGUUUACAAGUCACCACCACCACCAUCUCCAUCGCCUCCUCCUCCUUACAUUUACAAGUCACCACCUCCCCCAUCUCCAUCACCUCCUCCUCCAUAUGUUUACAAAUCACCACCACCACCCUCUCCAUCUCCUCCUCCUCCUUACAUUUACAAGUCACCACCUCCCCCAUCUCCAUCCCCACCUCCUCCCUAUGUUUACAAGUCACCUCCUCCUCCAUCUCCUUCACCUCCUUCUCCUUAUGUCUAUAAGUCACCACCUCGUCCAUCUCCUUCACCCCCACCUCCUUAUGUCUACAAAUCACCACCCCCACCUUCACCUUCACCUCCCCCUCCCUACACUUAUAAAUCUCCACCACCUCCGUCUCCAUCACCUCCUCCUCCCUAUGUCUACAAGUCGCCACCUCCUCCAUCUCCUUCACCACCACCUCCUUACGUCUACAAGUCUCCACCUCCACCAUCUCCUUCACCACCCACUCCAUACUAUUACAGCUCUCCUCCACCCCCAUAUCAUCUCUAGUCACUUCCUCCAUACCUCCAUGAGUCAGCACAUUCACCAGCUUAGUCUCCACCGCUGCCUCACUGGGUUAUUACUAUAAAUGAUUCUCACCUCCAAAAGGCUAUUUAUUUUAAAUGCACCUAUUAAAUUAUCAGUUUGAAUUGUUCCAAGAAUAAUCACUUUCUUUUGGAUUGUAUGCAUGGUGAUUUCUUUUUUUAGAAUUGUAGCUUUUAUGAAGUGUCCUUGUGUACAAUAAAGACAUGAAAUAGAUAUCCUAUGUGAUCUAUAUGCAAGAAGCACUGAUUAUAUUAUGUUAUGUAACCAAUGUAAGUCAGGAAUUCAUGUUCUUAAAUAUUUUCUAUGUAUUGUGGCUAUUUUACGUGA